AUUUAUAAAUACAUAUAUAUAUAAGUGACAGUCAAACAUGGCCAUCAACACGGACGCAGACUUCCAGAAGUCCAACUUGGGUGAGGGCGGAGGAGGCGCGCAGCCCGCGGACUUCCAGGAGACGGAGAAACUCCUGGCGGUGACCACGGAGCCCGGCAGGGACGGGAUGAAGAUGUCCACCUCGUUCUCCGUGCACACGGGCGGGGACGGGGGUCCCGAGGCCGACCAGAACGGGCACGGCAUCGCGCUGAGGUCGGGCUCCGCGGGGCAGCUGGCCGCGGCCGCGCCGCUGUCCCCGUCCCGGGUCAGCCUGAGCCGCUCCUCCACCGGGAACGCCGCCGUGCCGGAGAGCCCCAAGCCCCGGGACUACCUCAUCCUGGUCAUCCUCUCCUGCUUUUGCCCCGUGUGGCCCGUCAGCAUCGUGGCGCUGGUCUACUCCAUCAUGUCCAGAAACAGUCUGCAGGCCGGGGACAUAGACGGGGCCAGGAGGCUCGGCCGACUGGCUCGUCUGAUCAGUAUCGUGUCCAUGGUGCUGGGAGUGGUCAUCAUCGUAGUCUACACCUCAGUCCAACUCUCAGGUGCACACUGACCCAGGAGACCUGAGAGGGGGGAAAAAAACUAAAAUCUGACGUCAAACGCAAACCCCACAUGCAACAAACACGACCAUUCCAAAAGAAAAAAAAUCAAAUAUGAUCUAACUUGAUGUUACAUGAUCAACUUCAGACAUCAAAAGCAGGCACGUAAUAUGAGAUGGUGUCGCAACAAGUAAACAAAUGAAAAAAUAUCUAUCUAUAUCAUUCAGAGAUGCAUGCAUUAAAAUCCAGUAACAUUUGCUUGACAAGAUAUCCUGAUGCAAACAGUUCAGGUUCAAACAGAGGGAAAAGUGAAUUCAGAUGUGUGCGUGUAGUCAGUGGGAGGGUCCAAAAUGUUUCUUUCGGGAACAUGGACUUCCUAAAAUGAAGAGGAAGAAUUGUGUUUGUGGAGAGAACUUUUUUAUGUUUGCGAUGGGGCUCCUUUGAAACGAUUCUGGAUUUGUCUUAAUACUGCAGACAGCUGCAUAUAAUCCUCAUAUACUCCUUACUGGACCUCUCGUAUUUAAAACGUAUACAGCUACAAAUGUAUUUGAAAUAUGGAUAUAAAUAUACAUUGUACAAGUACAUUUUAUAAGAUGUUUGUAUGCCAAGUGGUACAUGGUUUGUCAAGACUGUUACGGCGGCUGCUUCUUCAGCACUUGGAUUAUCAGCGAAAAGGGGCAGGGGACACAAAUUCUCAAUUUAUGUUGUGUAUAAUUUUAUUUUUCCAGUCUAAAGAACAAAAAAUGAGAACAACUGCAUGCCUGAAUGUACAUCGCCAGUGUUUUGCCUUCUUUUAGACUGUUAUUUGUUUUCUAUAUUGAGGCGCUGACAGGUUUGCACAAUGGAUUUGUGUACAUUUAAGAGAAGUACUGCAGGACACAUGAGGACUGUGAUGUAAUGUUGAACACCCUCCACAUCUCCACGAUCUCUUCACCUCGCUUUGCCCAAGCAGAGACUGAAAGGCAUGCCAAACCUCGCUGUCAUGUUCACCACAAACCCAAACUUAGUGACUGCUGUCCAUCUUUAGCCGAGUCUCUGUUCCUUCACCUCAUACCUUUACAAUCCUUUUUACAUUUUCCACCUUUCUAUGUGGUUUCUGCACAUUUUCCAUUACCAUUCUUACAUUGCUAUACACUGACUGUUAAAAUCUAUGGUUUUACUGAUUUUUCUUUUCCUUCUUGUCAUGGUAUGAAAUGUAUUUAUAUGAAAACGUAUAUAUGCAACAUGUAGGCAUGCUACGGGCCAAACGGGCUAAUGUGCACUUAUUUUUGUAAAUGAACAGGUCUAGAAGUUUGUGUAAGAGUAAAUCACAUUUUAAAAAAAAGCUUUCCUUAAAACCCAAGUAUGGCAAAUUCUCUGCAUUCAUAACUACUGUAAGUGCAUUUAUUUCCACCUUCAUUAACACGCAACUGUGGUAUUGACUUCUGACAGUCUUAUGCUCCAAGCACAUUUGUCAAAUACUUUGUUUUUGUUCGGACAUCCUUUCAAAUUUUCUCCAUUGCAAAAUUGAAAUCAGACAUCUGGAUAAAAUACAGUGAAAAAAAAGGUGCAGUUUGAGUUUCAAAUGUUAAGGGCUCAUAUGAAAAGAAGCCCCAGCAACACAAAGCAGCUAAUGUGCUCACUUUACACCAACAGCCUGUCAAUUGUUAACACCGUUCAGCACAUUGAUUUGUUCCAAAUGUGCUUUUAUUGCAAUCAUUCAGUCACAGCUGUACAGAAAUAUCACCCAAAUACCUAAAAGCAGCAAAAUCCAAAGAUUUCCCAUGUUUACUGAUGCAGGCUACUGCUCUGGUGUUCAUUUCUGCAUCUGUGGCCACGAGCCAAACGCUGCUCUGCAAGUAAAACAGAUUAAAGCUUCCUGUCAUUUCCGUUUCUUUUCCAGUACUCGGUAUGUGGCAGUUUUCAUCUCUGUGGUGUAAAUUUUGCAUGUCUGGAAUAAAAG